ACACCAGGACCCCACGGUGUAUUAUGUUGUUUCCACUGCCAUUGUACAACAAAUUAAUACUUACGUUGAUGCGGUGAAACUGAGAUUGUCAGUUUGCAUAUUGCGACUAUGGCAUCAACCAGCGGCCGCGAUAACCUGGAUGACAUUACAUCAGAAGAUAUAGCGCUGUUCCGGCGUUCGCUGCUCGCACGUCGAUUUCCAGGGCUGAAGGACAUGAGCGAGGGCGACCUGAUAGCACUCAUUCGGGCGGAGCGCAAGGCCACAGGCCGGAAGCUCGUGGCCGAGCCACGGUCUAGCCCCAAAACCAACUUCACGCCGCCUCCCCCCAAACGGGAGCAAGCCACACAGAAGAUCCCGCCCUUCGUCCCUGCAAACCCGCAUGAAGCGAAAGAACAGGCGGCUCGCGCUGGGACAGAGCGCUUCAUCAACGUGAACACGCCCUAUGAGGCACACCGGGAGGAGUUUAACACCGCGCGGACAACGGAUGAGAGCAAGCGCGUGGCGCCCUUCGUUCCGUCGUGCGCAACCCAGGCGCGGGAAAACAUCGCUGUCAAGUACUAUCUCAACUCGCCCAUGGACUCGGAGCCGACUGGCAACACCGCGCGGCAGACGUCACGGCCGGAAGCGGGAAGCGGGAGCGCGCCGCAGAGCAAGGGUGAUACGUGAUCAUGCCAAUCAUGCCUGCUGUGAGACGUUAAAUUCUGGUCAUGUUUACUGCGGUGCGCCGCAACGCCUGCCUAAAGCUAGCCGCGUGUGGCAUGGACGCAACGUUUAAGGGCACAGCAAAACCUAGUGAGACGUGGCGAGACCUAGCGAGACGGUGAUAGCCCCACAAGGACGCCACACAACACCCGCCACACAACAACCAGAGGGCGGGUCUUGUUUCUCUGGGUCGCAGAUGGCCCUUCGCGGCGUGGGUGCGGCGUGCCCCCGCUUGUCGGGCUGUCCCUUCAAUUGUAAUCCGCAUCCUUGGUUGCCUGCACGCCCUGCUUGUGAUAGAGUCGCGGCGAGAACGCCUUUUAGAAGUUUUGAUUUGUUUGGCCUUGCUUGAAAGUGGAUGGGAGCCGGUCGGGAUGAGAGCAGGGCGAGACGUGUACGGCUCCGGCUGCCGCAAACGUGCCAGCGCCAGCGCAACGAGAUGCUGCAGAUUUCAUUUGGGAGCGCUGUAGUGAAGGUAAUGGCCUGAAGGCGGCCUCGGCGGUGCACUCACACAUGUGCUGAUCGGCAGUGACUCACACACGUUAACUAUUAGGUGUGUCCAUUGAACAAGUGCACUGGGGUCUGUGUAGGCUACAAGCCCACCACGUUACGUUCCGGCACGCACCCUGUUUUCGUUUUUGGCCGCUUAAUGAGGCAAGGGGCCUGGAGCGGUCGGUACUUAGCACACCGUGAAGUAAUGUGAGAGCCCUGGCUCGGUCCGUGGCUCGUGAGUUGGAAGAGCUGGGUUGGCAGGACGGUUGGAACAUUAAAUUGCCAUCCCUGAGUGUGCACCUUUGUGUGCACGAUACUGCUGUCAGACAGUUAGGGCCAGGAGCAAGAGCAUUAGGCACGAUGGCAGGCCUUGUCGCCUUGUCUAGCUUCGGUGCUUACACGUAAAGCCAGUGUAUUCGGCGGAUAUUAGUAGGCAGACGUACUCAGUGCUCGUAUUUUAAGAAGGCAGGUGCGGCGCCAGUGACAGAUUUCCGGAAAAGGGCAUCUUUGAUUUUCAGAAACCCGCUGCCGCCGCAUCUUUCAUCCCCAAAAUUUUUCCGG